CUUUGUUGAGCUGCGAUGGGAUGCGCCUGCAUUUUCCCAACGCAGACUGUCGCUUUAAGACAGCGAUAGCUUUGUGUCUGAUUAAUUCAAUGUACGAGGACGCGUUAGUGGAGAAACCUUAUUAGACUCCCAGCCACGCAGAGAGACACAGAGGAGAGGAGGGAUGUUGGACGGACCUGCGCGCUGGAGGAGAACUGGGUUUACUUAAGUUAAUUAGAAAAACAGAACCCUGAAGUUAUUACUAAUAAACCGUGUUUGUAUUUAAAGAUGAAGGCAUCUUGAGGAUGGGCUGCACACGUUUGGAGUAGAAGUCUGCAUCGUCGCGCACGAAAGGGACGGAUUUUUUUAUUUCUUUCUUUCACCACCAGCUGGAGUUAAAACACAUCCAACCAAAGGAGAAGAAGAAGAAGAAGAAGGAGGAGGAGGACAGAAGAUCUGAAGGCAUGGCGUCGGAAAAACACGGUCUCGAUGACUCUGGCCGUCAGACCAUGCAGCCUCCUCCGUACCUCCCAGGCCCACAAGACCCAAACGUGCCACAACACCCCAACAUGCAGCCUGCCCCGGGCACCCAACCAAACUACCCUCCUCCGCCUCCUCCUCCGGGCACAGAGGGAUAUCUCCAAGAAACCCAGUUCCACUGCGGCCCACUGGGACCCCAGGGAGCCCCGCAGGGCUACACAGUCCAGACCCAGGGCCCAGGGGGAACCAUGCCUCACCCCCCUGUGGGAUACCUCCAUCCAGGCUACCCGCUUCAGCUGCAGCCCUGCACAGCUUAUGUACCCGUCUACCCCAUGGCAUCGGGUCAGCCUUACAUGCCGGCUGGGGGAGGCCACCCAGGAAUCCCACCAGGCCAGAUUCAUCCCAUGCAAAUGCCACCCAGCAUUACCCUAAUGGAUCGUCGACCGCCACAUGACUACCUGCCCAUUGCCGUGCUCACCACCGUCUGCUGCUUCUGGCCUACAGGCAUCAUUGCGAUCAUCAAAGCAGUGCAGGUGCGUACGGCGAUAGCCAGAGGGGACAUGGUGACGGCGGAAAUAGCCUCCCGGGAGGCACGCAACUUCUCCUUCAUCAGCCUGGCAGUUGGCAUCGCAUCCAUUGUGCUGUGCACCAUCCUCACCGUGGUAGUCAUCAUCGCCUCGCAGCACCACGACGACGACUGGGAGCCAUAACUCCACACAGCGUCAGACAGAUGGGAAACCAUGGCAUAUAUUAGCUAGCUAACAACCCUCAAUUGUUUGGAGGAAAUAGGAGCACCGAACAUGCACACAAAUAGCUAAUGCACUGCUGGCCCUCUCUAUACAGCUACACACACACACACACCUAACCUGCUGCCAUCAAACACACACCACCGACCAAAAACAACCAAUCACAGCUGAUGCUGAAAUGCCAAAUACAAGCAGCUGUUAAAUGAGGACCAGUAUUGCUGUUAGCACAGCGACUGCUUGAUAUUUGCACUCAGAUAUGAGCUGCAAGAGGAAAACAAAGCUCUUUGCAUUAACAAUUAAUUUGACACUGAUUAAUUCAUAUGAAUGAUUUGGUGAGAUGAGAGGUUUCAGUUGUACAUAUUCCAGUAACAAAAUCUGCUCACAAAGUUAUUUUUAGGGUAGUUCAUUGCACAUUUAUGUCUUACAAGUAUACAUGUGUUUUCUUCUUUAAAAAACGAAAAAGUGCCAUGUUGAACCAGUGUUGAUUUACAGUGUAGUAUUACUGCUGAUAGACUUGGACAAGGGACUGAUUUUAAGUGUCAGACGGGUGAUCAGUAUACAUUCAACACACCAAAUGGAGACUGGACUGACAGAGUGUCUAAUGUAACCAAACACAAAGUAUUUAUUUGAGAUUCGUCGUUUGUAUGUUACAUGAGCAUUUGAGCUGUGUGAAAUUAUACAUAACUUAAAAAUUGUAUUUUGGUUUAUUUAUUUAAAAUUUGUUAUUUAUUAAUUUAUUCAGCACCUACCCAUGUAUUGGUUGUGUCUGCUAUAAUUUACAGUAUAUCAUGAUUGCAGCAGGCUGGAAAAAAAAAAAGAAAUCAAAUUUGAUAUCUGAUGAUGAUGGAUUUGCACUUUUUAGUGACCAGAUGAGAUGAUGCAGAGGCUUACAUUCAUAGUUCUUAUAGUGCAUGAUGAAUAUAAAUUUAAGCUAAUGGGCGUCUAGUGCUAUUAUAGCUUGCUUCCCAGCUGUUGGCGGGAACAUUUUCCUAAAAAAUGUAUGGUACAGUAUUUUUCAAAAUGUAGGACAAAAAUGUAGAACAAGCUACUCUCAAAACCAGAUAAGAAGACAAUUUAGUAUUUGAAUCUUAGGUUUGCAAGUGUGAAGUGCUUUGGCCUAUUUUGUGUUGCACAUUUCUUAGCCAUUUAAUCAAUCAGAGUUUGUAUAUGAAACUUUAGUGCAACAUUAGACUUAUGAGGUAACAUAACCCUGCAUGUCAUCCUGAGUUUGUUUCCAUCUGUCUUAAAUAUUGCGGCUAGACGUAUGGCUAUGAGCUCUUUAAUGUUUCUCUGUUGUAACACACUGAGUCAGGGUCUCCCCACAGCACAUGGUUUCCAUAAUGUAGCGUCGCUCUAAGCAGCUAAGUGUGCUGCCGUUUGUCAGAGCUGUAACAUUACAGUAUAAACUAUUAUGUGACAUUAUGGGAGAACUGAAAAUGAAUGUUUCCAAUAGGAGAGAGACAGAAAAAUAUUAAUGCCUAUACUGUGUUGUAGCACUUUCCCCUAUACGAAAUCUUUCCUCAUGGUCCCCUUUCUCUCUCUUUUUGUCUUUCUCCUGUCUACAUGAGUUAAUGGACCUAUAAAUAUACCCCCUCCCUCCUUCCACUGUUGUUCCUUAUGAUGAAGAUGAUGAUAUUUUUAAAAGAAUUAUACAGAGACAU